AUGACACGUCAAGCAAACCAUCCAAAAGAUCUCCCAACCACCCACCGCAAAUCGCUCGAUGGAAGUAAAGCACAUGGCGCCAAAUCAAAACCCAAGACAUCCAAAGUAUCCAAGCCAGCACCAACACCCAAACAAUCCCGAGAGCAAGCCAAGAAAUCCAUCGUUGUAAACCCAAUUCCCAAGAAUGAGGUUCGAAAACUUCAACAGAGCGGUAAAGAUACGCGUCCAUCCCAGCUUCUCAAACAUGCUCAUGGAGCUGAAUCAUCUCUUCAACCCGAGGACCUUUCUUCUGCUUUCGAAGAAUCCCUCGAAGAAGCCCGAACCCACAUUCUACGUGCUGGAAAAGCCGCGUUCGAAGAAGCCCACACGGGUCUUCUCCAAAAACUCACCAAGGCCCAAACCACCGAUCAAGCCCUCCUCCAAACCAUCACCCACAACGCCCAAGCGCUCAGCGCGCCCUUGGCCACGCAGAAAAUCCAAAUGACGGUGCAGCAAAAAGGACGGCGCGUUUCCGAAAUCGUCGAGAUUGGCCAGCGCGUUGCGCAAUUCCGACAGACGGUUGAAAAGGAAGAAAAGAAGCUCGAGGGGUAUUGGCAAGAGUGGGAGGGCGUACAGUCUGAGUUCAAGAUAUUUGCGACGCGGGUGUUUGGGGGCGAGAGGUUCAAUGAGGAGGAUGCGGAUGAGGGAUAUCAUGUCGAUAUGCUGUUGUUGGGUGCUGAAUACACGGCUCAGAUGAAUGUUUUGUUGGAAGAAUUGGAUGAGGUAGGAAAUGAGGUGGUUAAGAAGAUGAAGGCUUCGGAGAAGGAAAUCGAUGUAAAAACAGACAAAGUACGACAAAGAAUCGUAGGCGCAAUGAUGUGGUGA